AUGGUACGCUUGGAAACGACAAACCGAUUGCUAUCGCAUUGCAUUCAAAUGCCAAACGCAUUGCCACUCAUGUAUUGUAUUGCCGUCUAUUGGGCCACACACACGCAUCACCGGUGGGCUGAUCCAGUGGACCAGAGAGACAGUGUUGGGACUAACACGUCGUCGUCGGACACAACAAUGAGCGCCAGAAAAAGCAAACAAAAGAAGGCCAAGAAGAACGACAACGAGUGUCUGUUCUGUCUUAAGCCGGACUCCGUGUCCUUCAAAUACGGAAAGCUCUACAAAUGGCACGACAUAUACGUUCACUACUAUUGUCUGCUAUUAUCCUCGGGACUGACACAGAGGGGUCGCGACGACGAAGGCAUCUGUGGGUUCCUUCCCGACGACAUCCGGAAGGAGAAGAAGAGGGGCGAGAAGUUGAAGUGUUCCUACUGUCGGAAAAACGGCGCGACCAUCGGCUGCUACUGCGCGAAACACCGGCCCCGACAGGAGCUCAACAAUCCGGAUGAGGAGAAGAACGACGAGUGCCCGACGUGUGGCGAUCCCGUGGUGUUCGACGAGGGGCUGUCCGUAUUGCAGACCCCGUGCUGUGACAAACUCGUGCACCGCAUAUGCCUCCAGAAGCAGGCGCUGAGCGCCGGCUACUAUCACUACAAGUGCCCGCUCUGUAACAGCGGCCAGGAGUUCAAGGAAAUGAUGACAAUUCACGGCAUUUAUAUACCCAAAGAGGACGCCUCGUGGGAACGGGAGGAGAACGGCUUCGCGGCGCUCUAUCAGCGGCACUCCCGGUGCGACCAAGAGGUGUGUCUGUGCGCACAGGGACGCGCGCACGCGUCGGACACCCGUCAGUGGCAGCUGUUGAUCUGCGACACGUGCGGCUCCCGGGGCGCCCACUGGACCUGUUUGGGCCGCGCGGAGUACGUGGACGCGUGGGUGUGCGCCGACUGCGCCGCAGUGGACAGGCGUGUGAAAGCGGCCGCCAAAGAGGCUGAGGAGCGGCGCCUCCAGAGCGAGAAGGCGUCCAAAGCGAGCGCCGGCGAUGGCGUGGAGUUGAUAUCGGACGCCGAGUCCAAGUCGAGCGCCGGCAGCGGUCUUAAGCGUAGGAGUCGUCACGCGUCGAGCGGUGGGUCACCACCGAAACGGGUCCGCAGACACGUGCAGAUGAUCGACACGGGUGUCCAAUGCGAGCUGGCAGAGCCCGACGAUCUGGUCGAUUGCGACCCUAUUGAGCGCCUGGAGCCCUAUGUCGUGAAGCGGCCGGCCAUUGCCGUUAUCCAACCGACAGGUGAUCGGGAAGUGAUUGAAGUGGACGACUCGGAUGACGACGACUGCGUUCUCUUGGAUUAGUAUUAUAUGUCACGAAACGAUCGCUUGUUUAUUGAUUUGUUUUUUGUCGAUAACUUUAUUAUAUAUUUUGUAAAACAAUAUUCAAUUCAUUACUC